AUGAAGCUCUUUUGCGUCGUGCUCUUUGUCGGGCUGAUAGCCUCUGCCCAGUGCGCCGCAAAACAGGACAAGGCUGAGGAAGACUCUAAGAAGACAGAGUCCAGCCGACGAGGACGGUUCUUCUUCCUCGGGAACCUGCUGUCGGGUCCUGCCGCUCUGGCCAGCGCAGGUGCCAGUAGUGUGGGAAAUUCCUUCCUCAGUCUCAGCCGGACACUUGGAGGGCUCGGUGCAACUACGAACGAAGUAGCCAGAACGCCAUCGGUCAUCUACGUGGCGCGCCCGCGCCCGAGCCCGCGCCAGUGUCCGCUGCCGCUCUUCACCUCCGGGUGUCCUCAGGGACAUGUGUGCGCCACUGGAUCCCCGGGAGGCACCAGGUGCGUGCCGCAAAGUGGUGACGGCGGUCCGUGCACCACCGGGUUCCAGUGCAUCAGCGGAGUGUGUCGGGACAACGUCUGCGGCAGGCGGGAGGAGUGCUCUGUGACCUCAGGAGGACGAUCGGAGUGUCCGCUGGGACAGCAGUGUGUGCUGACCUCACGUGGUUACCGCUGUCAGCUCGGAUCCGAUCGCUGCCCGAGGCCGUUCUCUUCGCUUGGAUGUAACCGCAACCAAUACUGCAGCACCUCGUCCACCGGAAACAUCUGCACCGAAAAACAGCCAGUAGAUUCCACUUGCACGGACCCAAUCGAGUGCCUCUCCGGCACGUGCCGCAACAAUCGGUGCAAGGAGGAUGCCUGUCCUAUGAUCGACACGUCCAUUGACUGCAUGCCCACGCAGUACUGCUCUCCAGGAGAACGCGGCAACAUGUGUGUGGCGAAGAAAGAGGCUCGGGCACGUUGCUCAGCCUCGCAGCAGUGUCUCUCGAACGUCUGUGAGCGCGGAAUUUGUGUGGAGGAUGAGUGCCCCAACCCGUACAUGUCGGAUCGCUGUCUGCCGUCCCAGUACUGCAGCCCGGCUCCCCGCGGAAACAUGUGCAUGGAGAAGCGUGACACCAACGCGCGGUGCCAACGCGACAUUGAGUGUAUGUCCAACACGUGCUUCAACCAGCGCUGCGUCUCCAACCAGUGCUCGACACCCUUCUCCACUGAAGGCUGCAGCACAAUGACCCAGUACUGCACGACUACUCCCAACGGAAACCAGUGCGUCACCCGACUCUCUGCUGGCCAGACGUGCCUCGUCAACACCCAGUGCAUGUCCAACAACUGCUUGGGAGGAACCUGCUCAGCCACCACCACCACCGCCCAAAGGCCCAUUGGAUCCUCGUGCACCAGCUCUUCCGAAUGUGCCUCCUCGUUCUGCGUGCUGGGCAGCUGCGCCGCCACCCGGAUGUCCCUUGGCGGCAUGUGCUUGGCCUCCACUGACUGCCAGUCGUUGACGUGCACCAACAUGCAAUGUGUUGCCUCUACUGGCACCACCACGGGCACCACCACUGGCACCACCACGGGCACCACCGGCACGGGACUGGACAUCGGCGCCGCCUGCACCCUGGACUCGCAGUGUACUUCACUGCGGUGUCUCGACAUGGUCUGCACAGAGGCCCUCCUACCUAUCGGAUCAAUGUGCACAGCGAACGGAGAGUGUCUUAGCAACCUCUGUAACGUCAACAUGUGUGAGCUUGGCGCCGUUGCCGCUGGUGAUCCUUGCACCAAUAACUUCCAAUGUGCCACCGCACUGUGUCUUAGUACCGGCCUGUGUGCUUAG